AUGACGACAAUUGCUUCCAAGUUCGAAGUUCACCGCUUGCGAAAACUCGCUCACGACCCCGCAGGCAACGACCCGGAGCUCGACCCCAAUAGGCCUGCUGAGCCACCAACAAAGGCCAUCGACAAGGCCGCUCCCAGGCACGGCAAGCGCGACGGCUCCGACGUCAAGGCUGCUCCUCCUGUCGAGCGCCAGGGCAACCAGAGCCGCGCUAAGCAGAACAGCAACGCCAACGACAACGCUUUCAGGGAUCGCGGUGUCGGCGCCAGCAGCAACCGUCAACGCGGUUCUGGCGAGCCUGAGCAGCAGCGUGGUGGCCGUGGUGGUCGCGGACGUGGUUCUCGCGGUGGUGCCCGUGGCGGCCGUGGUGGUCCAGCCCGCGCCGACGGCGACCGUCACUCCAGGACCGGUCUUGGCGAGCACGAGAAGCAGGCCGCCCACGGCUGGGGUGCCGAGACUGGCGAGGCCGAGCUUGCUGACGAGCAGGCCGGUGAGGCCAUCGCCCAGAAGGAAGAGAAGGAGGCUGUCAAGGAGGACGCUGAGGCUGAGGUCGCUGAGCCUGAGCCCGAGGAUAACUCCAAGUCCUACACCGCUUACCUUGCCGAGUUGGCUGAGAAGAAGCUGAAGCUUGGCGAGCAGAACCUCCGCAAGGCCAAUGAGGGCAGCUCCAAGCAGUUCCCUGAGGGUACCCAGGUCGAGCGCAAGGAGGAGGACUUCUUCGCCGCUUCCGGCGGCAAAGCCAAGCGUGAGCGCCAGCGCAAGGAGAAGGUUCACGUCGAGCUCGACGGCGACCGCAUGCUCGCUCCCCCCCCCCGCGAGGGUGGUUCCCGUGGUCGUGGUGACCGUGGUGGCCGUGGCCGCGGCGAGGGCCGUGGUUCGUUCCGUGGCGGCGAGGGUCGCGGCCGUGGUGGUGACCGCGGUGCUCGCGGUGAGGGCCGUGGUGGACGUGGUCGUGGCGAGGGCCGUGGUGCUGCUGGUCCCCGUGGUGGCCGCGGUGGCGCUGCUAACGUCAACGUCAACGACUCCUCCGCAUUCCCCAGCCUCGGUGCAUAG